AUGGAUUUUCCAAAGCUAUUAAAUAAGCCAUCAUUAGAUUUAAUAAAAAAUGACUUUCCGCAUUCGAACAAAUUCGAGUUGGAGCAUAUAAGUGUUUCCAAGCAGCCAUUUCUUAAAAGUGGUUUUACUUUUUCAAAUAACACAUAUAACAUAUAUACAAAUUUUAAAAACAAUGUUUACAACACAAAAAAUGAAUUAAAAUUUGACAACUCUGGAAUAAGCUUAUUGGAUAUAAAAUAUGAACCUAAUUUCGUUAAAAAUUUAAAUAUAUGUGGUAAAUACACGAAAAGUAAUGAAAAAAAAGAAGAUUCAUUUGAAGUUUAUGGGGAAUAUACUUCAGAAAAUAUGAGCAUAUUUUCAUCUAUAAAUGUGAGGAAUUUUUUUUUUAAAUAUAUUCAUGUUGGCUCACAUCCCAAAUGUCCCAAUUUCAAAUUUGGAGGAAUGGUUCAAGGUGACUUGGACUACAAAAAUUUACAAUAUUCCUUAGGAGGGGCUUAUACAAAAAAUUAUUUUGAUAAGCAAUAUAUUUUUUCUUUUAGAUCAUUACCAACGAAUAAAUGUCUAUAUGGAACAGUAGCAUUAAAUUUAUUUUUCCAAAAUAAAAAUAUAAAUGAUAAUGCUGUAAGUAUAGAGUUGUUACAAAAUAUUCUCGAAAAAAAAGCAACUAUAAAUAUUGCAUCAAUAUGGUAUCUUAAUGAUAAAAAUACAGCAGUCAAAACAAAAAUUAGUAAUGAUACUAAAGUGGCAUUAUCACUUACACACAAAUAUAAUGAGUUUAUGACCAUAUCUCUUGGAUCUCAGGUUGAUAUAACAAAAAUGUCCUUGCCGGACAGCUCAAAAUUUGGAAUAAAAUUAUACUUAAAAUCGUAA